GAUGUUCGCUAGAUUUACUGGCCCAGGUACACUUCCCCAAAUUAGUCGGAUCGCUCUAUCACUUCCGACCACCUGUUCUCAAAACCAAACCCACAGAUUACUCCCCCGCAAAGGCCAUAAACAUGUCUCUGAUUAUGAAAUUACACAUCACCUCCACCCAACUUAACCCCAUGCUCAAUCCCCAAACCAUCAAUAAAAGUACGUUCACAAACUAUAACACGAAGAUCCGAUCCAAACCCAUUUACCAUUGCAACCCAUUGAUCUCCACCGUGUACAAAUCCACAAUGCAUGUUUCUUCUUUCUCUUAUUCUUCUUGUUCCGUCAGAAGCUCUCUGAUUGAACCCGACGGCGGGGCUCUGGUGGAUCUCGUGGUGCCGGAGAGCGAGCGGGCAAAGAAGACUUCAGAGGCUGAGGCAUUGCCCAAGGUGAGGCUGACCAAGAUUGACACCGAGUGGGUGCACGUGAUCAGCGAGGGGUGGGCGAGCCCGUUAAGAGGGUUCAUGAGAGAGAACGAGUAUUUGCAGAGUUUGCAUUUUAAUUCUUUGAAAGUGGCAGAUGGGCAUGUGGUGAACAUGUCGCUUCCCAUUGUUUUGGCUAUUGAUGACAAGACCAAGGAGCUGAUUGGGUCAUCUCCCAAUGUGGGGUUGGUCGGACCUAACGGAGAUUUGGUCGGUAUUCUUCGGAGCAUUGAAAUCUACAAGCAUAACAAAGAGGAAAGAAUAGCUAGAACUUGGGGUACAACGGCUCCGGGAUUGCCAUAUGUUGAGGAGGUCAUUACUCCUGCUGGUAAUUGGCUGGUUGGUGGAGAUUUGGAAGUAUUAAAUCCCAUCAAAUACGGUGAUGGGCUUGAUCACUACAGGCUCUCACCCCUACAACUCCGGAAGGAAUUUGAUAGGCGUCAGGCUGAUGCAGUUUUUGCUUUUCAAUUAAGGAACCCUGUGCAUAAUGGGCAUGCUUUGUUGAUGAACGAUACAAGACGGCGACUUCUGGAAAUGGGUUACAAGAAACCAAUUUUAUUGUUGCAUCCUUUGGGAGGUUUCACAAAGGCAGAUGACGUGCCCUUGGAUGUUCGUAUGGAGCAACAUAGCAAGGUCCUAGAAGAUGGAAUCCUUGACCCUGAGACAACUAUUGUAUCCAUUUUCCCAUCACCUAUGCAUUAUGCGGGUCCAACUGAAGUACAGUGGCAUGCCAAGGCACGAAUAAAUGCUGGUGCCAAUUUUUACAUUGUUGGUCGUGAUCCUGCAGGUAUGGGUCACCCAACUGAGAAGAGGGAUUUAUAUGACCCUGAUCACGGGAAAAAGGUGUUGAGCAUGGCUCCUGGUUUGGAGAAGCUAAAUAUUUUGCCCUUCAGGGUGGCAGCAUAUGACACUGCGGAAAAGAAAAUGGCGUUUUUUGAUCCAUCACGUGCUAAAGAUUUCCUCUUCAUAUCAGGAACCAAGAUGAGGACAUAUGCAAGGAGCGGCGAGAAUCCUCCUGAUGGUUUUAUGUGCCCAAGUGGAUGGAAGGUCCUCGUUAAAUAUUAUGAAAGCAUGCAAGCUGAAGAGGCAUCACAGCAGCAAGCUGUAUUUUCUACUUAGAUCUAAACCAGAGUUUUUAGCUGAUUAAUUCCUUUUUCUUAUUAUUUUUCUUCCCCCCGCCCCUGCGCGCAUUUUAUGGGUAGACCAAGCAGCAGGAGCAGUGUUUCGAAUUUAGUAUGUGGGCUUGAGAAUAUUGGUGUUGGACAUAAGCACGAGGCAUGUAAUGGAUUUAAAUUCUUAAGAGAAUCGAUAUAUGCUAAAUAAAUUGAUAUAUCUUUCCGUA